GUGCGCCUCAGCAUGAUGUUCUCCAGGGGAUGGGGUAUAAAAGGAUGACAAGGAAGAUGGAUGUGCAGUCAGUGAGGAGAUUUAUCAGAAGAUGCGGUUCCUUCUGAUUGUUGUUGCAUUGGUCACGUGGCAAGGACUGGUUUCAGCCAGUCCGCGCGGACACCGAGAUGUCAAAGUGGACUUAUUUAUUGAAGAUGGAAAAGGAAUGGAUGAAUUGCAAAUUGACCUGGGAACAAUUGAACAGAUUGAAAAACUCGAUGAAGAUGCAGUUGUAACAAUCAAAGAAGGAGAGCAUGGCUGGUCUAUUGUUAGCGCUACGGCGCGUGCAGUGUCCGGCAGGUCCUCAUCUGGCUCAGGAACUGGAAGUGGAUCAGGAUCGGGCUCUGGUUCUGGAUCGGGAUCAGGCAGUGGAUCCGGUAGUGGUGCUGGCGUCGGAAGUGGCAGUGGAGCCGGUGCUGGGAGAGGAGCGGGUUCCGGAAGUGGUAGUGGAGCUGGUGCCGGUAGUGGUAGUGGAUCAGGCAGCGGAGCCGGUGCCGGAAGUGGAUCAGGCAGCGGAGUCGGUGCCGGAAGUGGUCGUGGCUCAGGCAGAGGAUCCGGUGCCGGAAGUGGCAGUGGAGCUGGUGCCGGUAGUGGCAGUGGAUCAGGUAGUGGAGCCGGUGCCGGUAGUGGCAGUGGAUCAGGCAGUGGAGCCGGUGCUGGACGUGGAUCAGGCAGUGGAGUUGGUGUAGGCAGUGGUCGUGGCUCAGGCAGAGGAUCCGGUGCGGGAAGUGGUCGUGGCUCAGGCAGAGGAUCCGGUGCCGGAAGUGGCAGUGGAGCUGGUGCCGGUAGUGGCAGUGGAUCAGGUAGUGGAGCCGGUGCCGGUAGUGGUAGUGGAUCAGGUAGUGGAGCCGGUGCCGGUAGCGGCAGUGGAUCAGGCAGUGGAGCCGGUGCUGGACGUGGAUCAGGCAGUGGAGUUGGUGUCGGCAGUGGUCGUGGCUCAGGCAAAGGAUCCGGUGCCGGUAGCGGCAGUGGAUCAGGCAGUGGAUCCGGUGCUGGACGUGGAUCAGGCAGCGGAGUCGGUGCCGGAAGUGGUCGUGGCUCAGGCAGAGGAUCCGGUGCCGGAAGUGGCAGUGGAGCUGGUGCCGGUAGUGGCAGUGGAUCAGGUAGUGGAGCCGGUGCCGGUAGCGGCAGUGGAUCAGGCAGUGGAGCCGGUGCUGGACGUGGAUCAGGCAGUGGAGUUGGUGUCGGCAGUGGUCGUGGCUCAGGCAAAGGAUCCGGUGCCGGUAGCGGCAGUGGAUCAGGCAGUGGAUCCGGUGCUGGACGUGGAUCAGGCAGCGGAGUCGGUGCCGGAAGUGGUCGUGGCUCAGGCAGAGGAUCCGGUGCCGGAAGUGGCAGUGGAGCUGGUGCCGGUAGUGGCAGUGGAUCAGGUAGUGGAGCCGGUGCCGGUAGUGGUCGUGGCUCAGGCAGAGGAUCCGGUGCCGGAAGUGGCAGUGGAGCUGGUGCCGGUAGUGGCAGUGGAUCAGGUAGUGGAGCCGGUGCCGGUAGCGGCAGUGGAUCAGGCAGUGGAGCCGGUGCUGGACGUGGAUCAGGCAGUGGAGUUGGUGUCGGCAGUGGUCGUGGCUCAGGCAAAGGAUCCGGUGCCGGUAGCGGCAGUGGAUCAGGCAGUGGAUCCGGUGCUGGACGUGGAUCAGGCAGCGGAGUCGGUGCCGGAAGUGGUCGUGGCUCAGGCAGAGGAUCCGGUGCCGGAAGUGGCAGUGGAGCUGGUGCCGGUAGUGGCAGUGGAUCAGGUAGUGGAGCCGGUGCCGGUAGCGGCAGUGGAUCAGGCAGUGGAGCCGGUGCUGGACGUGGAUCAGGCAGUGGAGUUGGUGUAGGCAGUGGUCGUGGCUCAGGCAGAGGAUCCGGUGCCGGAAGUGGCAGUGGAGCUGGUGCCGGUAGUGGCAGUGGAUCAGGUAGUGGAGCCGGUGCCGGUAGCGGCAGUGGAUCAGGCAGUGGAGUCGGUGCUGGACGUGGAUCAGGCAGUGGAGUUGGUGUCGGCAGUGGUCGUGGCUCAGGCAAAGGAUCCGGUGCCGGUAGCGGCAGUGGAUCAGGCAGUGGAGCCGGUGCUGGACGUGGAUCAGGCAGCGGAGUCGGUGCCGGAAGUGGUCGUGGCUCAGGCAGAGGAUCCGGUGCCGGAAGUGGCAGUGGAGCUGGUGCCGGUAGUGGCAGUGGAUCAGGUAGUGGAGCCGGUGCCGGUAGCGGCAGUGGAUCAGGCAGUGGAGCCGGUGCUGGACGUGGAUCAGGCAGUGGAGUUGGUGUAGGCAGUGGUCGUGGCUCAGGCAGAGGAUCCGGUGCCGGAAGUGGCAGUGGAGCUGGUGCCGGUAGUGGCAGUGGAUCAGGUAGUGGAGCCGGUGCCGGUAGUGGUCGUGGCUCAGGCAGAGGAUCCGGUGCCGGAAGUGGCAGUGGAGCUGGUGCCGGUAGUGGCAGUGGAUCAGGUAGUGGAGCCGGUGCCGGUAGCGGCAGUGGAUCAGGCAGUGGAGCCGGUGCUGGACGUGGAUCAGGCAGUGGAGUUGGUGUAGGCAGUGGUCGUGGCUCAGGCAGAGGAUCCGGUGCGGGAAGUGGCAGUGGAGCUGGUGCCGGUAGUGGCAGUGGAUCAGGUAGUGGAGCCGGUGCCGGUAGCGGCAGUGGAUCAGGCAGUGGAGCCGGUGCUGGACGUGGAUCAGGCAGUGGAGUUGGUGUAGGCAGUGGUCGUGGCUCAGGCAGAGGAUCCGGUGCCGGAAGUGGCAGUGGAGCUGGUGCCGGUAGUGGCAGUGGAUCAGGUAGUGGAGCCGGUGCCGGUAGCGGCAGUGGAUCAGGCAGUGGAGCCGGUGCUGGACGUGGAUCAGGCAGUGGAGUUGGUGUAGGCAGUGGUCGUGGCUCAGGCAGAGGAUCCGGUGCCGGAAGUGGCAGUGGAGCUGGUGCCGGUAGUGGCAGUGGAUCAGGCAGUGGAUCCGGUGCUGGACGUGGAUCAGGCAGCGGAGUCGGUGCCGGAAGUGGUCGUGGCUCAGGCAGAGGAUCCGGUGCCGGAAGUGGCAGUGGAGCUGGUGCCGGUAGUGGCAGUGGAUCAGGUAGUGGAGCCGGUGCCGGUAGUGGCAGUGGAUCAGGCAGUGGAGCCGGUGCUGGACGUGGAUCAGGCAGUGGAGUUGGUGUAGGCAGUGGUCGUGGCUCAGGCAGAGGAUCCGGUGCCGGAAGUGGCAGUGGAGCUGGUGCCGGUAGCGGCAGUGGAUCAGGCAGUGGAGCCGGUGCCGGAAGUGGCAGUGGAGCUGGUGCCGGUAGUGGCAGUGGAUCAGGCAGUGGAGCCGGUGCUGGACGUGGCAGUGGAGCUGGUGCCGGUAGUGGCAGUGGAUCAGGUAGUGGAGCCGGUGCCGGUAGCGGCAGUGGAUCAGGCAGUGGAGCCGGUGCUGGACGUGGAUCAGGCAGUGGAGUUGGUGUAGGCAGUGGUCGUGGCUCAGGCAGAGGAUCCGGUGCCGGAAGUGGCAGUGGAGCUGGUGCCGGUAGUGGCAGUGGAUCAGGUAGUGGAGCCGGUGCCGGUAGCGGCAGUGGAUCAGGCAGUGGAGCCGGUGCUGGACGUGGAUCAGGCAGUGGAGUUGGUGUAGGCAGUGGUCGUGGCUCAGGCAGAGGAUCCGGUGCCGGAAGUGGCAGUGGAGCUGGUGCCGGUAGUGGUAGUGGAUCAGGCAGUGGAGCCGGUGCUGGACGUGGAUCAGGCAGUGGAGUUGGUGUAGGCAGUGGUCGUGGCUCAGGCAGAGGAUCCGGUGCCGGAAGUGGCAGUGGAGCUGGUGCCGGUAGUGGCAGUGGAUCAGGUAGUGGAGCCGGUGCCGGUAGCGGCAGUGGAUCAGGCAGAGGAUCCGGUGCCGGAAGUGGCAGUGGAGCUGGUGCCGGUAGUGGUAGUGGAUCAGGCAGUGGAGCCGGUGCCGGAAGUGGCAGUGGAGCUGGUGCCGGUAGUGGCAGUGGAUCAGGUAGUGGAGCCGGUGCCGGUAGUGGCAGUGGAUCAGGCAGUGGAGCCGGUGCUGGACGUGGAUCAGGCAGUGGAGUUGGUGUAGGCAGUGGUCGUGGCUCAGGCAGAGGAUCCGGUGCCGGAAGUGGCAGUGGAGCUGGUGCCGGUAGUGGCAGUGGAUCAGGUAGUGGAGCCGGUGCCGGUAGCGGCAGUGGAUCAGGCAGUGGAGCCGGUGCUGGACGUGGAUCAGGCAGUGGAGUUGGUGUAGGCAGUGGUCGUGGCUCAGGCAGAGGAUCCGGUGCCGGAAGUGGCAGUGGAGCUGGUGCCGGUAGUGGCAGUGGAUCAGGCAGUGGAGCCGGUGCUGGACGUGGCAGUGGAGCUGGUGCCGGUAGUGGCAGUGGAUCAGGUAGUGGAGCCGGUGCCGGUAGCGGCAGUGGAUCAGGCAGUGGAGCCGGUGCUGGACGUGGAUCAGGCAGUGGAGUUGGUGUAGGCAGUGGUCGUGGCUCAGGCAGAGGAUCCGGUGCCGGAAGUGGCAGUGGAGCUGGUGCCGGUAGUGGCAGUGGAUCAGGUAGUGGAGCCGGUGCCGGUAGCGGCAGUGGAUCAGGCAGUGGAGCCGGUGCUGGACGUGGAUCAGGCAGUGGAGUUGGUGUAGGCAGUGGUCGUGGCUCAGGCAGAGGAUCCGGUGCCGGAAGUGGCAGUGGAGCUGGUGCCGGUAGUGGUAGUGGAUCAGGCAGUGGAGCCGGUGCUGGACGUGGAUCAGGCAGUGGAGUUGGUGUAGGCAGUGGUCGUGGCUCAGGCAGAGGAUCCGGUGCCGGAAGUGGCAGUGGAGCUGGUGCCGGUAGUGGCAGUGGAUCAGGUAGUGGAGCCGGUGCCGGUAGCGGCAGUGGAUCAGGCAGAGGAUCCGGUGCCGGAAGUGGCAGUGGAGCUGGUGCCGGUAGUGGUAGUGGAUCAGGCAGUGGAGCCGGUGCUGGACGUGGAUCAGGCAGUGGAGUUGGUGUAGGCAGUGGUCGUGGCUCAGGCAGAGGAUCCGGUGCGGGAAGUGGCAGUGGAGCUGGUGCCGGUAGUGGCAGUGGAUCAGGUAGUGGAGCCGGUGCCGGUAGUGGCAGUGGAUCAGGCAGAGGAUCCGGUGCCGGAAGUGGCAGUGGAGCUGGUGCCGGUAGUGGUAGUGGAUCAGGCAGUGGAGCCGGUGCUGGACGUGGAUCAGGCAGUGGAGUUGGUGUAGGCAGUGGUCGUGGCUCAGGCAGAGGAUCCGGUGCCGGAAGUGGCAGUGGAGCUGGUGCCGGUAGUGGCAGUGGAUCAGGCAGUGGAGCCGGUGCUGGACGUGGCAGUGGAGCUGGUGCCGGUAGUGGCAGUGGAUCAGGUAGUGGAGCCGGUGCCGGUAGCGGCAGUGGAUCAGGCAGUGGAGCCGGUGCUGGACGUGGAUCAGGCAGUGGAGUUGGUGUAGGCAGUGGUCGUGGCUCAGGCAGAGGAUCCGGUGCGGGAAGUGGCAGUGGAGCUGGUGCCGGUAGUGGCAGUGGAUCAGGUAGUGGAGCCGGUGCCGGUAGUGGCAGUGGAUCAGGCAGAGGAUCCGGUGCCGGAAGUGGCAGUGGAGCUGGUGCCGGUAGUGGUAGUGGAUCAGGCAGUGGAGCCGGUGCUGGACGUGGAUCAGGCAGUGGAGUUGGUGUAGGCAGUGGUCGUGGCUCAGGCAGAGGAUCCGGUGCUGGACGUGGCAGUGGAGCUGGUGCCGGUAGUGGCAGUGGAUCAGGUAGUGGAGCCGGUGCCGGUAGCGGCAGUGGAUCAGGCAGUGGAGCCGGUGCUGGACGUGGAUCAGGCAGUGGAGUUGGUGUCGGCAGUGGUCGUGGCUCAGGCAGAGGAUCUGGCACCGGAAGUGGUAGUGGAGCCGGUGCCGGUAGCGGCAGUGGAUCAGGCAGUGGAGCCGGUGCCGGAAGUGGUCGGGGAUCAGGAGCUGGUUCUGGAGUAGGUCUUGGAAUCGGGGUGGGAAGUGGUAAAGGAAGUGGCUGGAGUCAUACUUUGGGACCCAGAAGCCAGUUAUGGAUCGGUGUCAUGCAGGAUGGCGUGUGCACUUGCCUCGCACGACUCCCCAGAGACUAGAUUGUCAAUUAAUAAGGACUCAUAAAUCUCAUAAAGUAGUUCAAGUAAAUCGCGAAAAACUCAUAAUCUAUGAAGUUCAUUCCCUCAGUAACUUUAGUAAUGAGAUUGUAUGAUAGUUCAUUCUUUUAGUAAUUCGUGCUGCGAAUACGAUGCAGUUCAAUAGCGUAAUGGAUUCAUUUUACCACAUUGCACCUCUAUUAGACAAAAAAAUCUGCACCUUAGAAAAAUCACUAUAUGCACUUAUUUUAUACUUAUUCAAUCACUUUCGCACUUUAAUAAAUUUAUUUAUGCACUGCA